AUGACUUGGUCAGUCGUUGAUGACGAAACAGCUCUUAAGCUAAGAGAACAAAAAGGAACACAUCUCAUCCUCUUCUUUGCUUCAGGCGAUCCUCCUUGGUGUCCUGAUUGCAGAGAUGUUGAUCCAACGAUCAGAAAAGUGUUUGAUAACAAUUCCAGUCCAACAUUAAACGUUGUCAAAGUUGGUGAUAGACCAACAUGGAAAGAUCCAUCAAAUAAAUGGAGAUCAGAACCCUACAGAGUAAGCGAAAUUCCAACUUUGAUUCAAUUGGUUGAUGGAAAAGAGAAGAAGCGAUUAUUGCAAGCUGACCUAGAGUCAGAGGAGAAGUUACGAGAAUUGAUCCAGUGA